CUUCAAAUCAGCUGAUUCGGGCUUCCGUAGCCGACGAGCACGUGACCAGGAAAGGGGGAAGUGUUGUCUCAAACAGAAACAGGGCCGAGUCUGUGUCUUGUUUUUCCUGCGGUGCUGCCUGCCCAGUAACAACAUUUCACGCCGUUCUAGGGCACAGGGCUGAGGGAAGAGACGGACAGACUUCAGCGGUUUAUGAGUGAAUUAUGAAAAUGGGCCCAAAUCGCUCCUGUCGGCCGACGCUACUGAGUUGUCUCCUAAUCUGCGUCACGCUGUGGAGCAACCUGAGCAGCGGGGUGUUGGCCAAAUCAUACCGGAGACCAAACAUUGUUUUGAUCCUCACUGACGACCUGGACAUCGCUAUCGGGGGUCUGAGUCCACUUAACAAGACGAAAAAACUCAUUGGAGGUGCAGGCAUAUCAUUCACAAAUGCAUUUGUUGCCAGCCCGCUGUGCUGCCCCAGUCGAGCCAGCAUCCUCACGGGGAAAUACCCCCACAACCACCACGUCAUCAACAACACCUUAGAGGGAAACUGCAGCAGCAAAGCCUGGCAGAAGAGCGAGGAGGCCCAAACCUUCCCUGCCCUACUGAAGGCCUUCGCAGGCUACCAGACCUUCUUCGCUGGGAAAUACCUCAACCAGUAUGGCCACUCAGAGGCUGGUGGAGUGGAGCAUGUUCCUCCAGGCUGGACCUACUGGGUCGGACUGGAGAAGAACUCUAAAUACUACAACUACACACUGUCAGUGAAUGGGAAGGCUCAGAAACAUGGAGCAGACUACAGCAAAGACUACCUGACAGACGUACUGGCCAACAUGUCUCUCAACUUCCUGCAGUAUAAAUCCAGCUUCCAGCCGUUCUUCAUGAUGGUGUCCACGCCGGCCCCCCACUCCCCCUGGACAGCAGCCCCUCAGUACCAAGACAGCUUCAACACCACCAAGGCUCCCAGAGACCCCAACUUCAACGUCCAUGGGAAGGACAAACACUGGUUGAUCAGACAGGCUAAAACCCCCAUGGCCAACUCCUCCAUUCAGUUUCUGGAUGAUGCCUUCAGGAAACGGUGGCGAACUCUGUUGUCAGUGGACGACCUGGUGGAGAAAAUAGUGAAGAGGUUGGAGUUCAGAGGUGAACUGGACAACACCUACAUCUUCUUCACCUCUGACAACGGGUACCACACUGGUCAGUUCUCUCUUCCUCUGGAUAAGAGGCAGCUCUACGAGUUUGACAUCAAGGUUCCUCUAAUGGUUCGAGGACCAAAUAUCAAGCCCAACCAGACCAGCCAGAUGCUGGUGGCGAACGUCGACCUCGGUCCAACCAUCCUGGACAUCGCCGGCUACAACAUCAGCAAGACGCAGAUGGACGGCAUGUCCUUCCUGCCCAUCAUGGAGGGGAAGAUGAACAGCAGCAGCUGGAGAACAGAUAUCCUGGUGGAGUAUGAAGGGGAGGGAAGCAACAUGUCCGACCCCGCCUGCCCUUUGCUGGGACCCGGAGUGUCGGAGUGUUUCCCAGACUGUGUGUGUGAGGACUCGUACAACAACACCUACGCCUGCGUGCGGACUGUCGCCCCUUCUGCCAACCUGCAGUACUGCGAGUUUGACGACAACCAGGUGUUUGUAGAAGUCUACAACGUGACAGCGGACCCCUACCAGUUGACCAACAUCGCAGACAGCAUCGGCCAGGACUUCCUGGAGAAGAUGAACCACCGGCUGAUGAUGCUGCAGUCCUGCUCCGGGCAGUCAUGUCGGACACCCGGCGUGUACAACCCAAGGUACAAAUUCGACCCACGACAGAUGUUUAGCAGCCACAGCUGGCGGCUCAGCAGACUCCGACAGACGAUGAAGUAAGAAGAGCAGGCGAAAGACGAGGAGACGGAGGACGAGGGGCUGUAUUGUAUUUCGUAUUCAGCCUUUCCUGCUGUUGUUGCCUUGUUUUCGGGCCUCCUGAGCCAGUCACUUUUGCAGAUGGAUGGACAAGGGAUCAGGUGGGGUGGUAGGGAAUAGGUGGGUUGCUGUGGAGACGAGAGGCCUCUCUGGGUGCAGCACCCACCUUUUAAAGCUUUCUGUUUGGGCUGCUGUUCAGUGAGUUUGUCGGUUCUCUCUGUUCAGAACAUCGGUAACACAUUAUUUCAAAUAAGGUCGUGUAUUUUCCAGCUAAGUUCCUGGAGACUUUCCUCAUGAUAUCCUAAAAAUUAGCCGGUAAUUUAGCUGUGAAUCACAGUGACAUUUCCCAGAAAAUCCCGCACCAUUUGUUACCGAUUGGACGGGAAAUGGGGAAGGUGUUAGUUGCUACAGUUAUUCAGUGCCCAAGUUUACAAAAACAAGGAAAUGAUGUAGUAGGCAAGUGAAAAAUAGUUUAUAAACGGUGGUCAACAAGAUGAACAAAAAGUCUUAAUCAGAUACAAAAUGUGCCGGACAGAGUCCCUGGUCUGUGGAGAUGAUGUUUUUUAAGUUUUACAAUAUGGAGUGUGGUGUGUUUUUAUUUGUUCAACAUCAUCACUUUGAAACACAAAACUAAAGCAUUUCCAGUACAGCAGAAAUACCAAUAUUAAACCAAUAUGCAUCAUAAACGACAAUUCAUUUAAUAUGUACUGGUUACCAAGCGCAUCUAUAAUAUGUGGAAGCUCAAAGCCAUGAAGAAUCUAAAUUAAGAAUUUGUUAGUUUCUCUAGAAAACUCUGAUAUUGACGUCUGUUUAACAAUUUUUCAUUUACUUAUUACGUAGUUUCCUAAAUCUUUUUCUUAAAAACUUGAAAAUAAUGAGCAGGUGCUUAAUAUCAGUGGCAACUAAACACUUUCUCCAUUUCCCCUUAUAAUUACUACAAAAUAGCACAGGACUUACUUGGAAAUAUCCCUCUGUCUUACAGCUAAAUACAAGCUAAUUUAUAGGAAGUUCUGAGCAACGUUUCCAGUAAAUUAGCUGGAAAAUAUGGGAACCAUAGAAUAAAAGGUCACCAAACACCGGCCAGUUAACAGAACAUUUUCCAUUUACUCGUCCAAGUACAGGGUGUCUGGUUGUGCUUGUUGGUGCAUUCGCAUGGUCCUCAAGAAUUUGUCUGAAGGUGGAAAUUUUAAGUUUAUCACUAAAAAAAAAAAAAAAAAAA